AUGAUUGAAGAAAAAGUAGCGGAGAUUAAAGAAAACCAAGAAAAAAGUGAUGAGAAUGAUGAUGACGGAAUAGAAAAUCCGCUGGAAUUCAUGCCUAUUGAAGCUGAAAAUGCAAUGCAGGAUUUUCGGAAUGCAAAAGCGUUGGUAUCGGAAGACAAACUUGAAGAAAUGAUACAAGGCCUCAACGUGGACCAAAAACAAAUAUUCGACACUGGUGAUAUAGAAGAUGGCUGGUUCGGUAGAAUUCAUAUUGUAUUAUUUGGCGAUCUACUGCAGUUGCCUCCAGUGAGACAACUCUCACCUUUCGAGAGCAUUAAAUCCUCAGACGUUCUAAAGUGUAUAGAACAACCAGAGAUCAGAUUGAAUGCAAUAGAUGAAAUAGAUUGCCCACGAUAUUUAAACAAACGAGUCAGGGAAGUGUUAAAGAAAAACGAGGAUGAUUCUUCACUAUCUGCUGGUUUAGAAAAUGUUAUAACAGUCAAAAUAGGGGCUCGAGUAAUGUUGCGUAGAAAUAUAGAUGUAAGCAAGGGGUUGGUUAACGGAUCGAUUGGGGAAAUAGAGAAAGUACUUUAUGAGGCCGACCAAAACGAUAAACCGAGAAAAAUUAAAAUUAAAUUUAGCCAUAAUUUAACUUACGAGUUAGAACGCGUCAAAACUAAGUUUCAGAUAUUGAAUAAUGCAUAUGUGCACCGCGAACAGUUCCCUAUUUGCUUAGCAUACGCUAUCACUAUCCAUAAAUCACAAGGCCUUAGUCUUGACAGCGCCCUACUUGAUUUAGGUUCUUCAAUAUUCAGCAGAGGGCAGGCGUAUGUUGCACUAUCUCGAGUCAAGACUAUGGAUGGUGUUCAUCUUAUCAACCUAGAUCCUAGCCAAAUUAAGGCCCAAGAAAGUUCUAUAAAUGAAUAUAACCGCUUGCGAACAUUAUACCGCCCCGAUUUGGACAAAUUAUCUGUAAACAGAAAACGAGUGAGAAAAAAUCCAGACCUGGAAUGGACUGUGCGCUCUCACAUUAACAUUUUGCAGGAAAAUAUAGAAAAUGGCACCGAAAAGAAAACAGUGCAGCAUAAACGCAAGAAAAAACGCUGA